UAUUUCUUUAAUAAAAUAUAAAUAAAUGCAAAAAACACUGUACAUUUGUUUAUAUUUUAAUUAAUAAUGUUAUUUUACUUGACACACAAUUUCGAUCACAUGUAUCGAGAAUCGCACACACACGAUUAAAAGUUCCGUAUAACACUUCAUUUAAUUCGUAAAAAUUAAUUAUUUUGAAACUGUACGGUUAAAAGUAACCAGUUUCCAAAGUUAAUAUUAAUUAUAGAACAUUAAAAGUUUGUAUUUAGUGAUAUCGAUAUUAUCGACUGACUCUUGUGUACCGCGAGUGGCGCUUGAGUCAGUGUUCGAAUAUACCGCGCUUUUUUCACAUCGAGAAUGUGCUUGGCAUUCGAAGUUCGUCUUGUGCAGCGACAGCGUGGGUUGAUUAUUUAUAACAAGUGAUUAACAAGUACCGAAGAACACUAAAACGUGCAUCCUACAUAGAAUAUGCAAGCAUUCAGCCAACAAACGGUCCUUAUCUCCAAAUAAACUUUUUCAAAAUCAAGGAGUCAACGAUACCCGUUUCCACUCGAUUGAGAUACUUCCCUGACGCGCACGCGCAGUAAGUAUCCGUCAAAAUCUAACCUCCAGUAACACACGUGCGUAAAUUUCAAAUUGAGAUCGACGGUAGUGUUAGUUUAAGUAAAAAUAAGCGGACGUGAACCAUGUGAACAGUUAAGUAUUUCUAAGUAUACUAAAGAAAAUAAGAAUGUCGCGAAUCGCCGACACAAAGGAAGUGAUAAUAACCAGCGACAGCACCGGAGAGCACUGGAGUGCCUCCGUGUGGGAUCCUCGAACCGGUUCAUCGUUAUCGACCUACAAGAACGCGGGCGCCCUGACGCACGGAACUCUUCAACUCCUCAGCGACAGUUACAUGAUAGGAGCUGAUAUCACGAAGCCUCGAAUAUACGUUUGGCCCUUGAACAACCCAAGUCCCGUGCCUAACCUAAGAUUAACAACGCCUGGAAAGGUAACAGCAUUGGCGUGCAACCCGAGCGGCGCUUACAUGGUAGCAGCAAUCUCCGAGAGACUGUUUAUCUGGCAAGUUUGCAACGGUCGACUGCUGGCCAAUUUAUCGCAGCACUAUCAAACCGUGAACUGUCUAUCGUUCAGCAAAGACGGCUCGAGCUUCGCCAGUGGGGCCGAGGACGGUCUGGUGUUCGUGUGGAGCUUGUACCGCGUUCUCAACGACGAAAGAGCCGCCCCUCUUCACGGAUUUUCUCAUCAUUCCCUACCAGUCAAGGAUCUACAAUUCGGCCACGCUCGAGGCAGGUUAUGUUCCGUUUCACUCGAUAGAACGUGCAAUAUUUACGAGCCGAACAGCGGGCUACUGUUGCUCACCCUAGUGUUCGACGUGCCCCUUACGGCGGUUCGCAUGAACGCGCGCGAAAGCGACUUGUUCGUCGGCUGUACCGACGGGAGCGUCUAUCGAUUCAACCUUCACGAACCGCCACGCGGUAUCGAGCAUCACGUGCAGGUCGGGAAGAACAAUUCCGAAGGCGUGAUCUUCCAGGGGAAUAAAUCGACGAUCGUGGCGAUAUCGAUAUCGAUAGACUCUCGUUACCUGCUCACUGGCUCCACCAGCGGGGAAGUUCACGUUUGGGACAUCGCCAGCAGACAAAUUCUUCGAACGAUCGAUCACAAGGGACCAAUCACGGCCGCGUUCUUCGCGAAAUACUGUGAGAACUUCCGGGUCACCGAGCUUAAGCCGCGCUUGCAAGUAUCCAACCUGCAGAGGAUAUCGGACGAUACCGAUGGGAAGCAGAGCUCCGUCGAGGUGAUCUCGCGGGAUCGAAAUCCCGCGGAUGUCUUGAACUUCGACGGUUACGUCGAGAACGAGGCGGCUGGAUCGGAUGAUCCGUCUUUGCGUAAUCUGCUCGAGAUGAGAGAAGAGAUCGAGAGACUGAAGAAAAUCAACGCGGCCAUUUACCAAUACAGCGUGAAAUGCAUUCUGGAUGGGACGGAUCGGUGAAACGGAAACUGGGAUUUGCCCUGACUCUUUUCAACAUUGCGAGUUUAUUAACCCUUUGCGCUGUAACUGUUCUCUCUCUCUCUCUCUCUCUCUCUCUCUCUCUC